UUGUGGGGUAGGUCGCAGGAGUGUGCACUUCCAAAAUGAAUACGCAGUAUUACCAAAUAUUCGAAAGAAUUAUCAAAGUUUAAAAUUCCUCUCUGAAUAAUCAGUACACGAGUUCGGGUUUUUAUUUCGACUCGAGAAUAACUUUUUUUGCUUUUCCAUCGGAUAAUAUUAGUGGAACUUCGUGAAUGCACGGUAAAAAAAUUAUCAGUGUGUGAAUACGUUAUCUGUGAGAUGUUUUCCAUUCUCGAGUGAAAAUCGCAAUCGUUCGCCGUUUGCUAUUUUAAUCGGCUCCCCGAAUUUGGAGAACUGAAUUUGUUAUUCACCAGCUGCUGAUUUUUCGUUUUCUUCUGUAAUUUUUUUAAAUAUUUUGCUUCUUCUUCAUUGCAGUGACGGAGUUAAGAAAUGGCAAUGAUAAUAACGGAAAAAAUGGGGAGUCAGUGCAGUCUGUGAUAUUAUUGGCGGGGAUAGAAUAAAAUUAUUGCACAGAAUUUUGCGUGAUUAUCCACUGGCAUACCACGUGAGCGGGUGAAUGAUCAUGACGGAGAAAAUGUAUUAUUGGGGUGAGGAGCGUGAGCCGGUCGAUCCUGACCAAACAUUCAUAGAGUUCAAGGCAAAGGUAAUAUCAGCAACUGGGGGUGAAUCAUCGCGUGCAGCGUCAAGAAAAAAUAUCACGUCGUCGACAAUUCAACAGCGCGAAAAUACUGAAGUUGAGGCGCGCAGAGAGGACGAUGAGCGCGGGGGUUGGGAUAAUAAACUUGAUUUUCUGUUCUCAUGCAUCAGCGUGUCAGUGGGUUUGGGAAACGUAUGGAGAUUUCCAUAUUUGUGUUAUAAAAAUGGGGGCGGAGCGUUCCUGGUUACCUAUGGAAUUGCCAUGAUAUUUUGUGGGAUUCCAAUAUUUUUCCAAGAAGUCGCCAUCGGACAGUAUUUGGGCGCUGGGGGUAUGACAUUAGUCGGACAAUUGUGUCCACUAUUGCAAGGCGUUGGAUAUGCAACCAUGACAAUUGUUUUUUAUCUGGACGUCUAUUACUGUAUCAUAAUAGCGUGGACCCUAUUCUACCUUAUAAGUACAUUCACGAAAUUGCCUGGUUUACCCUGGAGUGAUUGCGGUAAUUCAUGGAACACUGAGAGUUGUCAUGAAGGAAGCGUGAAUAAAUCCCGCAGCGACCACAUUAACUCUAGUCAUUCGACGUCCCCAGUCGAAGAAUAUUGGGAGCGUCGAGUUCUCGGUAUAACAUCAGGAAUUGAUCAUCUCGGGGGAAUCCAGUGGGAAUUAUUGGGCUGCCUGAUUCUCGGAUGGCUCCUAAUAUAUUUCAUUAUAAGACGCGGUCUCCAUCAGAGUGGUAAGAUCAUAUGGUUUUCAGCGCUAUUUCCCUACGUCGUGCUUUUCAUUCUUUUGGCAAGAGCUGUCACCCUGGAGGGGGCCGGUGCAGGACUCCUCUAUUACGUGACUCCAAGAUGGGAAAAAUUAUUGUCACCGGGUCCAUGGAUCGACGGUGCUACUCAAAUAUUCUUCGCCUACAGCAUCGGCACUGGAGCGCUCCCGGCGUUGGGAUCGUACAAUAAAUUUCAUCACAAUUGCUACAAGGAUGCGCUCAUCACUUGCGUUGUCAAUACGUUGACCUGCUUGAUCGCCGGCUGUGUGACGUUUUCGAUAUUGGGACACAUUGCGUUAGAACAGAAUACUAAGGUCUCGGAAGUUGUUAAGAGUGGCCCUGGUCUUGUUUUCUUGACCUAUCCUGAAGUUGUACUCAAACUACCCGGCGCACCGUUGUGGGCUGGGAUAUUCUUCAUUAUGCUCAUUAUUCUGGGAAUUGACAGCGAAUUUUGUAUUGUCGAAUCGUUCAUCACUGGAGUUGUUGAUAACUGGUCGGACUCCUUGAGACCGCACAGAAAUAAAUUUACAAUAGCCAUCUGCAUUUUGAUGUUCUUCCUGGGGAUUCCCAUGGUCACUCACGGGGGCGUUUACAUUUUUCAAUUGAUGGAUUUCUACUCUGCAAGUGGUAUGUCAAUACUUUGGGUGUGUUUCUUCCAAACUAUCGCGAUAUCCUGGAUUUUUGGAGCUCAAAAAUUUUGUGAUUGUAUACACCAAAUGAUGGGAAUCAAGCUGCACCGAUUUUGGUACAUCUGUUGGGUACUGUUCGCACCCAUAAUUAUGGCAUUCAUUUUCGUCUUCCAAUGUGUUCAAUACAAACCACUGAAGUACGGAAGUCAAUACGAGUAUCCCACUUGGGCGGAAAUUAUCGGGUUCUGUCUGAGCUUUUCCUCGAUGAUUUGGAUACCGGCUUACGCAAUUUAUUACCUCAUUGCAACACCAGGAUCAAUAAAAGAGAAUUUCCUCAAGGGAAUAAAGCCAAAUGUCAAGUCACGAACUAAAAUACCAUCCGGCGAAAAGACAGCUGUUAUACCUCUGUCGGAGAGCAGCGCGGGGUUAAUCACUAAGAAUAAUAGUUUUCUUAGUCAAACAUGAUUCGAGUAUAGUUCUCCAUUAUCGAAUUUAAAUAAAUCAAGUAUAAAAACUAUAUCUAAUAUCAGAGGGUAGUCGGAAUCUUUUCCCCCGGAGAAAAUCCCCCGGACACAAUUUUCGGAGAUAUUGUCCAGGGGAAUUUUGUCCGGGGGGGAAGAUUCCUAGAAUCCUAUCAGAGUACACAUGAGAUGUUGUGUAAUUAGAUGAAUUAUAUUUUCUACAAGUCAGCUUCCUCAUUAUUUUAUAUUUCUCCAUUUGUUGUUUUUCCUUCUUGCGUUGACGAUGAAAGUUGAGAAUACGAUUUUUAAAAAUCAGUAGCGAAGCGGUAAAACGAUUUAAGUCGACUAAGUCGGCUCUCAGCUUCGUUUUUGAGGAAUAUCUCCGAAUCUGAGAACGAUAGCGAAAUUUUCGUAACUAACUUUUUCGUAGCGCUCAAUUCGAUCUACAAAAAAGGUUCUAACAAAAAAUGUUCUAUCUGCCUUAGAUUCCGAGAUACUCAUUGAAAACUGACCAGUAGCCAAAAUCGACUUAAACCGUUUUCCCGUUUCGCUACUGAAAUGAAACGAAUAGAAUCAUGAGGGCCUACAUUCUGUAAAGCUUGCAGGAAUUAUUGACUGUGAGACGAAGGGAAAGACGGGUGAUUGUCAUAUUUUAGUAGCAAUUGUUGAAUCGAUUAGAGACGGAAAAAUCUCAGUUCAUUACGCACUCAUCGCCUGCUAUUUACCAACUGUGUGAUAAUGAUUUGACCCUGCGAAUGAAGAAAUAGAAAUUAUAUAGUGAUGACAUACCGAUGAUGAUAUUGUUUCCAAUGCACUGUUUCAGUUCUCACAGUGAGUUGAAUAAUUUUUGUAUGAAAUUAACAAAAUCCAUACGCUUCAGACAUGCAAAUGACUUAUAUUUGAAUAAAUAAAGCUAUACUUUAGCAGAUUAUCGAGGAAAAAAUGGAAAUGGAAACUGAUAUGGAUAAUUUUAUUUCUAUUUCCGAUCUCUUCCGCCUCAACAUGUAGACCCUCCGAAAUUAAAUUUAUGCAAACGUGAUAAUGACAAAAUAAACAUCUCUUGUUGUCUAUUCGA